AUGAUCGCGACUCUAUAUGCCGAAGCAGUGGUUGGACUACGGCGCUCUGCUCAAGGUCAAGCGGUGUCCUCGCGAGAUCUUUCGCUGACUGCCUUCGCACAAUUGAUUGCGUUGAGGCUCCAUGCCAAGCGUGGAAUCAUAUCGCUAUUCGACAAGGAAAGGCAGUACAUUAUCGCGGAGGCGACCAGGACCCUCAGUCUACAACAAGAUGCCGUGCAUGAUGUCGCCGAUGAGAUCCAAUUCGGAGCCUCGGUAUUGGAGCGGCAUGAUGGCGAUUUCUACCGGAGGACAUUGAGAGGCCGCUUCUACGAAGUCAACGACCUUGUGGCUGACGAGAAAUAUGCCAGCCAUCCUCUUGUGACAAACAAGACGUACUCCGCAAGAUCAUACGCAGGUGUCCCGAUCAAAACGCCCACGGGAUACACCAUCGGCGUUCUAUCAUUCCUCGAUGAUCGCAAGCGGGAUGCUGGGCUGACGCAUGAAGAAGUCACAUUCAUGCACGAUGUGGCGAAGACUGUUAUGGCUCACCUCGAAGGGUGUCGUACGAUAGUCCGGCACGGUCGUGGCAUCAAAAUGGUCACCGGACUAAGUCGCUUUGUGGAGGGUAAAGCUGGAGCUGAUGAAGAAUUAGAAGGCUCAUAUCGUGACACGAAUGACAUGCGGGACCGGCAAGCGGCACAGACAUCGAGCUUGCAAGCUUCCGGACGUACGAACGCCAUGAAUGCUGCGAGCAAUGCGGAGAGAUUCGACGACUAUCAGCGAAGCUACGACGCGUCUGGCAGAUCGCCACAUAUCAUGAAAGCAAGUCAAGGUCCCCAUGCACGAUUGCUCGAAGAGACGACAAGCUCUGUACAGGGCAACAGCGAGACAGCUUCACAAACUCUGUCAACCAAAAGCUCGUUCGACCCUCAAGAUGGCAUCUCCAAAGAGAAACGAAGUUGUUUUGAACGUGCCGCUGGCAUCAUCAACACUUCGAUGAACCUGGCCGGCACUCUGUUCUUAGACGCCGCCGUGGGCGAAUUUGCCCAGUUCCGCAACACUGCAGGAGAGAGCACGACAAGUCCCGACAGUGAUGGCUCCAACAGCGGAGGCUCGGCAGCCGCUGUCAGGACACGCAGCCCGAACAAAUUUGACCAGAAGCCAUGCAGACAGAUUGCUUCCGCUUACGACUUUACGUCGACGGAAGAGAAUCACGUCUUGCAUGGUCCGAUACCCGAACGCUUCCUUAAAUCCUUGAUGCGAAGAUAUCCCUACGGCAAGAUUUGGACGCUGGAUGCCAAUGGCAAUACCUCGUCAGAUGAGUUCUCCGAGAGCAGUGCUGCGACCGACCAAACGUCCGUGGAGUCAGACCGACCUUCUACGCCCAAGCCCGCUCCAAAGCCAAAGCGUAAGCGAGCUCAACCAGACGGCGCUGUCUUAGCACAAUUGUUCCCCGGAGUGCGCUCAUUAGCUUUGAUGCCGAUGUACGAUUCCGCCCGAGAGCGAUUCUUUGCUGGCGCCGUAGUCUGGACUUACGAUCCGGUACGCAUUUUGACAAUGCAGGACGACGCCAACUAUCUUGGUGCCUUCUGCGAUGUCAUCAUGGCAGAAGUCGGACGACUAGACGCGCAGUCAGAGGCGCGGGCAAAGACAAGUUUCAUAUCUUCGAUCUCGCACGAGUUGAGGUCUCCACUCCACGGGAUUCUGGGCGGCAUCGAAGUUCUACAAGACAAGGACAAUGCAGCCGUCCAAGAAGAUAUGCUGCAGAUGAUUGAGGCUUCCGGAAAGUCUUUGCUGGAUAUUGUGAAUCAUCUUCUGGAGCACGCCCACAGUUCAUCGGAACUUCGCUUACAAAAGCCGAAUAAAGCUUUUCGAAGCAGAGAGGCUGGCUCUGCAAGACCAGCCAUCACCCGCUACAACACUGGAUCACAGCAUCAGCCUCCCCACGACAUAGCACUACUUACGGAAGAGGUGCUCGACACGGCUCUUUGGUCUACACCCAAGCCCACGCCCCUCUCCGACAAAGAUCGCCGGCGAGGAAGCAUGGACUUUGGCACUGGCUCCGCCGCCGCUCCUAUCAAAGUCAUACUAGAAGUCGAGUCGAACGAUUUCAACGAUGAAGCUUGGCUCUUCAGAGUGAACAGCGGCGCCUGGAGGCGUAUUGUUCAGAAUCUUACCACCAAUUCGCUGAAGUAUACCGACGACGGCGGGUAUCUGAAACUGUCAUUAUCUGCCCGGCCUCCGGAUGAGGACUCUGUCGCUAAAGGAAAAACCGUGGUGGAGCUACUCGUCGUCGACUCCGGCAGAGGCAUGUCCAAGUCUUUCCUCAAGUUCGGGUUGUGGCAAGCGUUCUCUCAAGAAGACGCCCAGUCGCAGGGCACCGGUCUUGGUCUGAGUCUUGUUCACGGAAUUGUGAAAGAGAUGGGCGGCGCGAUCGACGUUCAGAGUAGCAAAGGCGUCGGCACGGCAAUCCGGGUGACGAUUCCGCUACCUCGGGCGCCGCCUGUACGCCAUCUGAGCUCGGAGAAUGACCAACCAGAAUUCGAGAUGACGACGAAAGAGAGGCUGAAAUAUUGCACUUACACUGCCAUUGGCUUCGGAGAUGAUGACGGAGUGGGAGAUAGGGCCACGCAAGCAAGCGGUAUUCUGAAAGAAUCCAUCGCAGUUGCUUUCAAAUCUUAUGGAAUGAGGACGACAGAACCCGGCGAAACAGCACAAAUCUACAUCAUGCCCGAGCACAAAGCAGCGCAGCUGGCUCGAGCAGAACCACAGAAUGACAUCGAGACAGCAGCAUGCAGGAAGCCCGCGAUUGUACUUUGCCACUCAGUCGCUUCUUCGCGAGCCCUGGCCAAUGCUGGCGGUCAUCUGACCAAUGCAGUCCACGUCGCACAGCCUCUUGGGCCCCGGAAGUUGCUUAAGGCGCUGACUACUUGUCUUGAGAGGCUUUCGUCUUCCGCUCUCCCGGGUCUGAAACCUUUGCGAUAUGACGCCCCAGCAGCACACGAAGCACAAGGUCCAGCUCUGACACCCCACAGAGUACCUUCGCGCCCUCUUAUUCCGUCCAAAAGAAAAACCUCAGAUGACUCAAACCUUCCUAUGCUCCGGCACACCCGCUGGCCGUCAUCUCCAAGUAUGGAACUUUUGCCCACCACCCCACGACCCGGAGUAGCAGCAUCAGGACUUCGAACUCUCCUCGUCGACGACAACGAGCUGAACCUCUCCCUGCUGAAGACUUACAUGCGCCGCAACGGCCACGGCUACACCUGCGCCCGUAACGGCGUCGAAGCCGUGCACGCCUACAAAGAAGCCUACUCCGCCUCUUUCGACUCUACAACCCCGAUACUAGUCCUCAUGGACCUCACAAUGCCCAUCAUGGGCGGUCUCGAAGCUACUCGACAAAUCCGAGCGUUCGAACGGGAGCAAGUUCAUAAUUCGGACCGCGGGUCGAGAAGUACGUCCAACGCUGGUUUAUCUGGUGAGGAUAUGGAUAGCAGAAGGAGUUCGCUGAAAGGAUCGCAUCCACCAUCGGCCGUGGUCGUUGCGCUGACGGCAAUCUCGGGCAGCGAAACGAAGAUGGCAGCGUUUGGGAGUGGAGUGGAUUUGUACCUGACCAAGCCAGUGGGGUUCAAGAAUUUGGGAGAGAUCUUGAAGGGGCUUUUGGAGGAUUCGAGACGAGCUUGA